AUUCACCCCCUUCGCGAAGCAAACCACCUCGCCGUGCCCGGCGCGUGGGGCGCGUCGCGUCCGGCGCACGCACCGACCAUCCCCUGCCGUCCCCGCGUCCCCCACAUCCACGCUCCACAGCCCCGCAGCGUACUUAUACACGCUCCCCGCCGCUCCGACCUCACUUUCCCCGCCCCCGGUCACGAAUUCACGAUCUCCUCUCCCGCACCGCACGCACCUCGCAACCCCCGCGCGCGCCGAAUUCCCCUCCACCGCAACCGCCAUGGGCGGCUCCCACAGCCGCGAGGACAUCGACCUCACCUCCUCCGACGAGGAGGAGGAGUACGGGGAGGAGGACUACGACGCCCCAUCCCCCAUCUCCGACCCCGCCGCGAGCGCGGGCCAGCGCGACGACGACCUCCUCCGCACCGCCACCCCCGCGUCGCUUGAGGCCAUCGACGCCAAGCUCCGGUCGCUCGAUCUCAAGUACCAGCGCCCCACGGCCGCCAAGCUCUACCUCCACGUCGGCGGGGCCACGCCCUCCGCGCGCUGGGUGCUCGACGAGCGCCGCGCGAGCUACGCCUUCGUCGACAAGGCGAGCGACGACACCUCCUCCCCCAGGUGGUUCCUGGAGGUCGGCCCGGGGCCGCGGGUCUCCGCGCCCGUGGACUCGGCGCUCCAGCUCAAGACGAACCCUGCUCAGCGCCGGGUGGACUUCGCCGCGGGCGGCUCCGUGUGGGCUCUGCGACUGCCCACCGACGCCGAAUUCCGCCGGUUCCGGGUGGACUACGACCGGUGCCUCUUCGAGAACACGUACGGGGUCGAGGCCACGGAUGAGGGCCGGAAGGAGGUGUUCGGCGCUGACUUCGCCGCGUGGGCGCGCCCCGACGAGGCCGACGACGCCGUUUGGGCCGACGCCGAGGAAAGCCUCACCCCUCCCGUCGCGGCACCAGCGAGGGACCUGCUUAAGGAGUUCGAGGAGGAGGCCGGCGACGGUGACAGCAUCCAGAGCCUCGCGCUGGGGGCGCUUGACAACAGCUUCUUGGUAGGCGGCGCCGGGAUACAGGUUGUCAAGAACUUCCGGCACGGCUUGCACGGGAAGGGCGCGUCGGUGAGGAUCUCAGGUGGCCGCGGCGUCAGUGGGAGCGCGUACUCGAUGCCGAAGAAGGCCCUCCUGAUGCGCGGCGAGACUAACAUGCUGCUGAUGAGCCCAGGAGAGGCUCUGCAUUCUAAUGGCGUCCACCAUGUUGAUAUUGAGACUGGGAAGGUUGUGGCCGAAUGGCGGUUCAAGAAGGAUGGAACUGACAUCACAAUGCGAGACAUUGCCAAUGACAGUAAGGCUGCGCAGCUGGACCCCUCCGGAUCGACAUUCUUGGGUCUGGACGAUAACCGGUUGUGCAGGUGGGACAUGCGCGAUGCCAGAGGCAGGGUGCAGACAAUUGGUAGCUCAUCAGAGUCGCCGGUGCUGAACUGGUCACAGGGUCAUCAGUUCUCGCGGGGCACCAAUUUCCAGUGCUUUGCAAGUACUGGGGACGGUUCAAUUGUUGUUGGUUCGGUGGAUGGCAAGAUCCGACUCUAUUCAAAGAGCUCAAUGCGAAUGGCAAAGACGGCAUUCCCAGGGCUUGGGUCCCCAAUUACACAUGUUGAUGUUACUUACGAUGGGAAAUGGAUUUUGGGCACAACUGAUACAUACUUGAUUUUAAUCUGCACAAUCUUUAAGGACAAGGAUGGGAAAGAAAAGACUGGGUUCAGUGGUCGAAUGGGAAAUAGGAUUGCUGCGCCAAGGUUGCUGAAGCUCACCCCAUUGGAUUCAAUUUUGGCAGGGACUGACAACAAGUUCCAUGGUGGGCAGUUCUCAUGGGUUACAGAGAAUGGAAAUCAGGAAAAGCAUCUCGUUGCUACAGUCGGCAAAUUCAGUGUGGUAUGGAACUUUCAGCAAGUCAAGGACAGCAAGCAUGAAUGCUACCGUGAUCAACAGGGCCUCAAAAGCUGCUACUGCUACAAGGUAGUCCUCAAGGAUGAAUCAAUCGUUGACAGCCGCUUCAUGCAUGAGAAGUUCGCGACUAAUGACUCUCCUGAGGCUCCUCUCGUGGUCGCUACACCAAUGAAAGUCAGCUCCUUCAGUAUGGCAAAUAGACGCUAACUCUGGUGGUUUUGGUUUCUCUUUUCAUUUGUGUAAGAUAGUGUGGGAAGUUACAGGUUUUUGUGCAGUUUAGUGGUUGGUUCGUUCAUUUUCUUACGGGUUCGUGACAUGGUUGACUUUAUGGUUUCUUGGUACAGAACUGUUCGAGCUUCCUUCAGGAAGAUGUAAAAAAAUAACUUGUACGUGUGGUUAUUGUCAUUUGUUGUGGCUCAGUCGAGUGGUAUGCACUACCUGUUUGAUGGACAACGUGUGUAAGAAGGUGUGCAAACAAAGAAAUAAAUUUUAGCCCCGUCA